ACUGUUGGUGAGGUUGCUGCCUGGUGUGUUGCUGCCUCUGUGUGCGCGCGUGGGUGUGUUGGACACGUCUGCCUUCACGCGCCGGUGGCUUCAUAAUGUUUGUAGCAAGGUGGGAUUGGAGACAUCACCGUUUGCAUGCUCUGAACCUCUCGCCUCCUUCAGCGCUCGUCGUGCUCUCCCAACAACAGCGCAAGCAAGAUGGCGCACCAUGCCUCAUCACAAGCUCACGGCGAAGAGCAAGACGACAUACUCCAAGGGCUGAUGGCCAUGAACUCACGCGAACGCGUGGAAGCCUUCCGCUCCCACUUCAUCCAAACCGUCGUGCCGCUCCACCUGCUCAAGCAGCCACCGCUCUGCGAAGACUACCCGCCCGACUUCAGCGACGACAUUGUCGCCUCCUAUCUCAGAUUCACCACGUUCACUGUCACCGUGCGCGUCAACUACGAUGCAGCUUGCAAGCAGUUCUACACGGAUCGCCGAGUUCAAAACUGCGGCAAACUCGUCUUUCCGCCAAAAGCCGAGCGUAAGCUGAUGCGCAUCCCCGGCAUCGAGGAGAUUCCGUUCCGCCGCGUGCGCUUCGAAAUCGGCACGCCGUUUCAAGAACUGGCCGCCGUGCUCUUCACGAUGGUCAACACGAAAGACGGAGGGAGGGAGACCAGGGCUCGAUGGAAGAUGGUGACUAAUGAGGAGCAUCUCCACCUCACCAACUUCAUCGACGAUACGUGCGCUUACAUCGAGAAUAAUUGCUCCCCUUCCGACGACUAUGAUGGCUUCCAGCUGAACGACAUUCGCUUGCUCGCCGGAAGAUUUUCACGCCACCAGACCGAGCGGGAGCUUGCGAUGAAGCACCGUCAGUUCAUUCGUCGCGAAGGCGUGUGGAUGGAUCUGGAGGAAGAUUACGAGAAUGAGGGGUGGACGGACUUUGACGCGCUGGGUAAGACGUGCUCGAUGAGUUGCGAGGGGUGCACCAGUGGGUACAUCAGUGGCAUCCGACGCCUUCGCGCCAGGCGGAUCGCCUGAGCGCAGCAUUCUACGACGGGGGGAGUGAGACACGACGGAGGGAGACGUCCUGGACGAGUGCACGAGACACAUGAAUCACGCUGAUGACACGGGAGAUGAUACGCAAGGAACGACUUCAUUAAGCCACAGCUGAGCAGGCUGGCGGAUGGUAUGGAAUGUGCACCUUCACAAUUCCUCUCUCUUGCUCUCACUUCCUGUUCCACCUCCGCUUCCAUCAUUGUGAGGUCUUUCCCAUCUCUUCCUUUUCCACCAACA